AUGGGGGUAGAUCUUAAUCUGGGCACUGAUUACACAGAGGCAGACGGGCCAUGCCCAGGGACCCCGGCUCAGGAAGCGCAGCGGGUGUGCGGGGACGUGAGAGACUCCUCCACACACCCACCCCCGAAGUUGCGGCAGCGUAAGGGAGAGAGUGGCGCAAAACCGCCGGAGGGGAGGGGACGGUACUCACACUGGGUGGUCAGCUUGGAGCAGGUCCGUGAUGACGGCCAGGCUCAGGCCACCGCGUUUUGGGAUGCCUGGGGCACCUGCCGCAGCGCGGCGCUUGAAUUAGAAGGCUGCGAGGCAGGAGCGCGGGUCGGUCGGAGCGCCAGAGCUGAGCUGCAGCGCCGCGGAGCCUCGACCGCCAGAACCGCAGCCGCAGCGGGAACCCGGGAGCGGGCUGGAGGCGGGAGCGCGGCGGCAGCAGCGGCUGCGAGGGAGGCGCCCGCGCCGCAGGCAGCCAGGGGCCUGGCCACAGCCGCCGCCGACACCUGCUGGCCCGGCCGACCGCCAAUCAGAGGCGCCCGCGGCUGGGGCGCGUGCGGAGGCGGGGCGGGGGCGCGUGCUGGGCGCCCGGCAGGAGGGGCAGCGCUCGAUCGCGCCUGCGCCGGGCCAGGGGGUGCCUGCCCGGCCGGUUCCUCCGGAGCUCCCCCGGCGCGCCAGCGGCAGGCGCGGGCAGGGGCGGGGCGCAUCGGGAGGAGGCGGGACUGGGCUGCGCGCGCCCGGGGCGGGGACCCGCUCCCCUUGCUGGGCGCUCCCUCGCGGCGCAGUGCAGUGCCGGGGCCGCGGGCAGGGAGCCCCCAGGCAAGACUUCAGGUCGUUACUAGCUUUGAAGUAAGACUUUUCCUGUCCCCUGCCCCUGAGCCUCGGGGGCCCGGACUCUCCCUGACCGCAGAGCUAUGGGUCACCCAAAUCCGGCGCUGGCCUGGCUCUACCAAGUCCGCUGCUCGCCGACCAGAGUGUGGGCGUCCUUCCUCCGGAGCCUCGCCAAAGCUGGCGUGGCGCUUCUCCGCUGACAGCUCUCCUCACUUCACAGUCUUUGGGUAUUUAAAGUCAUCGUGGUAACCCAUCCCCUGAUCUGGAUGCCUUUAAUUUUCUUAUGAAUUUACUGCGCUAGAGACGUUCAUUCCUUAAAACGCAUUGACUGGGGUCGCGCUUGGCUCAGGGCGCUGUCCCAGGCUCCUUGUCGCCCAAGUAUCCCAAAGCUCCCAUCCCUGCCCGCGCGGCCGGGUCAGUGAACCCGCGCUGUUUGGAGGACGCCCAAAGAUUGCUGCCAGCGAGGAAGGCAUUCGGGCUCCCGACUGGAGUUCCAGGUCCUGGAAGAACGACUGGGAGUUGAAAGGUUACGCUCCAGGCCGGGGCUCCAUCGCGCGUUUGCAACCAUCAGACAGAGGGCCCAGACAGGAUCUUCCUAAGACGGACUGCCUCAGCCCCCAUAACUAAGCUGUGAAAACACUCUCAGUUUUAGGAGCAGAAUGGAAGUCACUCCAUCAGAAUAAAGCGUUUGUGGAGCUACGCUGGCGAUUCCUAAAACCCUGAAAAUCCUCUCUCAGGACGGCGAAUUGAGGUUGUUCUCUCCGUGCACAUUUGCGCAGUAGAAAUGGAUGGCUGGUUCGCUGAUCUGUCCGCAGCAGCAAAAAAAAAAAAAUCUUUAACAAGGGAACUUGAAAGCCCAUCUGGAAUUCUGGAAGGAGGCAGCCUCUUGUGGCUCCCAUCUGGCAACAUAGAGCAACUGCUGCCAAAUAGGAAUGGAAUUGUGGCAGAUUUAAGAUGCUGACAAAACAAAUUCUGAUUCUAAGCGACUUGGCCAGAUUCCUAUCUACAGAUCAACCAGGAUUUUCUGCUUCAUAAGAAACCCACAAUGGGACCACGGAUCCUGAGGAUGAAGUUGGGAGGGGGAAGAAAAGAAGAGGAGUCCAAGUUCAGUGCAACCAAUAU